AAAAAAAAAAAAAAAAGUGUGAUGUGUUGGUGAGAGUGGACUGACCUCUUUUCAUGCCAACGAGCUGAAGGUAAAAUCUACAAACAUCUCGUGCUGACGAUGAAAAUAUGGCAGCCGAAAAAACCAGUGCCUUCCGCCGUGUUGGGAGUCUCAUGCGGAGUAAAUCCGAGGGCACACUGAUUGAUCUGGGUGACAGUAUCCCAACCAUCAAUAACUUAAAUGGUCGGUUUGUGUCAGGAGAGGCACAAAACUCUGACUGGACACUUUUGCAGUCAGAAGUUUCACUUUCAUCUCAGAAAAAAAAUCCCUUUUGGGACAAGAUAUCUGCAUCAAACCCUUUCUUAGAAGAUAUUGUACAUGGCAGCACAGACAAUCAUAUUUUUGACUCAUCAGAUUUGAAAGAAGACCAUAAACAGCAUCUGUAUGCAAGCAACGAUGAUGCAAUCAGCACAUCUUCAGAUGAAGGCAAUCUGAGCAACAUUUUGGAGAACAGACACAAUGUCACUAACAGAUCUGGGAAAUGGAGGAGUACUUCACACAUCCUGGAUGAUCUACAGAGAAAGACGCCAAGACAGGAAAACAACCUCAAACUACACGGGCUGGUGCUGAACCCAGACUUUGAGUGGCUGAAGAAUGACAGAGAGGCCUAUAAAAUGGCUUGGUUAAGCCACAGGCAGCUAACUCGCUCAUGCCUGGACUUAAAUGUGAUGAGCCAGAGACCUGGAUGGGCUCAAACUCAGGCCACUAACUUUCAAGUUAUCUGCAAGGUUGGUCAUGCUGGCGGCUCAGUACAGUUACCAGAGUCAGGAAUUAGCAUCCAUAUACCAGAAGGACAUGUUCCUCCUGGAGAAGUCCAGGAAGUUACACUGAAAGCAGUGCUAGACCCUCCCCCUGGACUCAACAACAACUACAUUACAACCGUGAGUCCCCUCGUUGAGGUGGUUCUCAGCCACAUUAACACAAAGCAGUGUUUGAACCUGGAGAUGAAACUGUCAGGAGAAGUGAAGAAUGACGAUUUAAGUCAGGUGAUGACCACUGUGUACGGGCUAGUGUCCAACAAAAGAAGGGGUCCUUACCUCAAAAUGAAUGACUGUUAUAUUCACAAGAAUAUGAUGCAGGUGACGCUGCAGGAUCUGAAGACGCAUUUUUUUGUGAUUGCAGUCGCAGAGGCCUCUGUCCUGCAGUCUCCUGCUACAUCAGUCUGGGAUUACCUUGACCGUCAAAUUACUAUAGCAGUUUACGGCCCCAGGUACAUCCAUCCAUCAUUUAAGGUUGUAAUAGUUGUCUGCUGUCAUGAGGACGUUCCACCAAAGCUCCCGUUUUCUGAUAUCUGCAGAGGCAACAAACACUUGCCUCCAGUUGUGCUGCAGCUUUGGGGAAAACAUAGUUUUAAACCGGAUAAGCUCAGUGACCUGGAUGUUGAAGUUGGCAUGACUGACUCAGUCUUUAAAAUCAAAACUGAAGACCAACUGAAAGAAGUGAGGCUGAGUCAGCUGAAAAUAGGGACAGUUUUGCAUCUACCGGUUGCAUUAUCAAGUUUUUAUAAUACAGAAAUGACUCAUUUUAAACUAGAUUUGAAAGUGAAGGAUUCAAACAGUUCACCUGUUGCACAUUUCCAGGUGCCUUCUCCUCCUGCAGCACCCAUCAGAUCAGAAAAACGAGUGAUGAGACAGACUGAAAAGUGGAUUGAAGUGGCAAAACCCAUGCCUAUUGCUGAAGAAUGUCAUUCAGAUUUACCUAAAUUUACAGACAGCCCUGUGGACGUGAAGUGGUACGGAGUAGCCCUAAAGUCUGUUUUCCGUCAGCCACGUGUAGAAUAUCUUCUGGAGUACUUUAAAGGUGACACGUUGGCUCUCCUUUCCAGAGAUACGGUUAAAUCAGUGGGAAACUCAAAAGUCAAGGAAUGGUAUGUCGGAUUCCUCAGAGGGAGGACCGGUUUGGUUCACUGCAAAAACAUCAAACUCAUAACUAAGGACCAGGUGAUUGACUUCACAGGCGUUCAGGUCACCACAGAAGUCCUUCUGGAGAACAUGACGCUGCCCUUUAAGAAGUUUACUUACAUGUACGCUGCCAUCCAGACGCUGGUCACUGAGCACAUUACCAGCUGGAGAGAAUUAGCAGAUGCUUUAGGGUACAGAAAACUGCCUGCUGACGCGCUCAUACGGAGGCAUGCCGACACUGAGCCCGAUAAAGUGGCGUGCGUUCUGGAAAAGUUGAAGGAAGACUGCCACACUGAGAGGGGCAGGAAGUUUCUGCAUGAACUCAUUGUGGCCCUGCUGAGGAUGGAUUCGGUGAAUCUUGUGUCGCAGCUCAUAAAGAACACAGUCAUUCUGUCCACUGCUGUGGAGCUGGGAAUUCGAUGGCGGGAGCUUGCUGAGAAACUGGAAAAGCUCUCCAGUGCACAAAUAGCCAGCUAUGAAGCACCACAUCGAAGGAAGGGCGCCGAAGUCGGUCCCCAGUCAAUGUGGAAACCUGCCUAUGAUUUUCUGUACUCCUGGAGUCUUCGCUAUGGAGAUAGCUCCAAAGACCUAAUCCAGGAUCUGCAUCUGGUCCUGGACAAAAUGAAAAACCCUGCGACGAGACAGUGGCGGCACCUGACCGGUGUGCUCAUCACAGUGAACUGCCUCGAUAUCUUUCGAGCCUCUGCUUUCCCAAAACCCUAAACUUCCUCUUCCAAGGUGGUGAGGUUCAAAUGAUCAUGUUACAUAGCUUUCCCAGUUGUCUUAUGGCUUUGCUUACUUUGUCUCAAUACUCACUUUGUGCACAGGGUAUUAGAACCAAUGUUAUUAAAAUUCACCCAGCUACAUGCACUAUAUAUCAGAACCAUUACUGAAUGGUUAAGGAAAAAAGAAGAAAAUUAGUGUAUGUCUGUUACUGUCAAAUAUGAGAUAUCCUUCUGUCACAGCUUCAUGAGGUUAGUCAGCUGGUAUCAGGUGUCCUGGGUAUUAAUAAUACCCCCUGGUGUGAAAUUAUUUGUCUUUUAGGGCUUUGCCUCUCAGUCAAAAAGUAAUUUUACACAAACUUUUAUUGUUUAAAUCAUAUUCACGGUACACGUGUUAAUGUUAUUACUUUUUUUAGAUUGCUCAACAUCAAUAACUAGUUGGUCAGUUUUCAGGAUCCACAGCAAGGCUCCUGUAAAUGUUUGUAUUACUUUUCUAUAAUAUACUGUUAAAGCAGCUGAAUGAAACUGAUAAAUGUGAACACUGUUUCAAGGAAAAAAAAAAUCUGGAGGGAAUGCAUUAGUCCAUGAAUCCUAAAGUGUUAGGUCUGUGUAAUGAAAAUGGAAACACGUGGCCAACAUCAAACUUCCCUAAUGCCAGUAAAGAAACUGUUAAGGAGCUACUAUCCAUGCAACUUAAACUGUUGCUUUCUUAAAUAUUAAGUGCUAUUUUUUAUAAUGUAAUGUAAUAUUUUAGAUAUGCACAAAAACAGUAAUUGUGCUGUUACUGCAGGACAGAGGCCUCUUCAGUUAUAAUGUAUGCUUUGUAAUUGAAGGGUAUUCAUUAUUCAUAAUGUUGUUUGUUUUUGUUUUUUUCAAAUGGAACCUCAGUGUUUCGAGUGGUGCCAUGUACAGUACACACUGCCUUCAAUAUUUGAUACUGAGUUGUAUGUGAAAAAAGAUGUGUAUAAAUAUAAACUAUAUAAACUGUAACUAUCAAA